AUGGAAAGCUCAGGAUUUUACGAAUCCCAUAUUCCUCUGAAGCCCCCAAGGGACAACAAAUCAAUAAAUGACAAAAAAAAAAAAACCUCUUUGAUCUGUCAGCAAGCAACCAUGGAAAACAACUUAGUUCUGCACUUUUGCUGGUCAUUACUUUUAUACGUUGCUUGGUGGAUUUUACUGUUGGUAGCAGAGAUGAUUCAAGAGGGAUCUUCGUCUGUAAGUUCGUCACCUCUGCAUCUGUUUUCCAUGAUGUCUCUUUCACCCGGUUUAGGAUCACCGUAUCCUUGGCCCCGGGAAAUGAGAUCUGAGGAUCGAGGCCUUUUUCUGAUCCAUCUUCUUAUUGCCUGUGCUAAUCAUGUUGCUGCUGGUAAUGUCGAGAAUGCCAAUAUUGGUCUUGAAUAUAUUUCAAAUCUUGCAUCACCCGAUGGUGAUACAAUGCAGAGAAUUGCAGCCUAUUUCAUGGAAGCGCUUGCUGAUCGUAUGCUUAAAGGUUGGCCCGGGCUGCACAAGGCCCUUAAUUCCACCAAAAUAACGUCAGUGACUGAGGAAAUUCUUGUUCAGAAGUUGUUCUUCGAGUUCUGUCCCUUUCUAAAGCUUGCCUAUGUGAUCACAAACCAGGCGAUUCUUGAAGCUAUGGAAGGGGAGAAGGUGGUUCACAUUAUUGAUCUCCAUUCUUUUGAGCCUGCACAGUGGAUUAGUCUUCUUCAGGCAUUAAGUGAACGACGUGAAGGCCCGCCUCAUAUAAUAAUUACAGGCAUCCAUGAACAGAAAGAGGUAUUAGAACAAAUGGCUCGUCGAUUGAACCUGGAAGCUGAAAAAUUAGACAUCCCGUUUCAGUUUAAUCCUAUAGUUAGCAGAUUAGAAAAUCUUGACUUCAAAAGUUUACGUGUCAAGUCGGGAGAAGCUGUUGCUAUAAGUUCUGUACUUCAGUUACAUUCUCUCUUGGCACUCGAUGAUGAGAUGCUACAACCAAAUUCCCCUUCGGUGAAUAAGAGUCCUAACACUGUCCACUUUCGAAGAGUCUUGCAAAUGAAUCCACACACUCUAGGCGACUUUCUUGAUAAGGAUGUGAUUAAUAAAUGUAGUGCAAGUCCAGAUUCUGAAUCAUCUUCACCACUAUCUUCGCCCACUCCACCGAAGAUGGCAAGUUUUCUAAACGCCAUUUCGGGUCUUUCCCCAAAAUUAAUGGUGGUGACUGAGCAAGAAUCAAACCACAACGGGUUUAGUUUAAUGGAGAGAAUCCUGGAAGCAUUAAACUUUUAUGCAGCACUGUUUGAUGGCUUGGAGUCGACUGCCCCAAGGGCACUCAUAGAGCGUCAAAAGAUCGAGAAGAUGCUAUUUGGAGAGGAAAUUAAGAAUAUUAUAUCUUGUGAGGGUCUCGAUAGAAAGAAGAGGCAUGAGAAGCUUGACAAAUGGAGUCCUCGGCUCGAGUUGGCUGGUUUUGGGAAGGUCGCUUUGAGCUACGGUGUCAUGUUGCAGGCAAGGAGAUUAUUACAAAGUUACAAUUAUGAUGGAUACAAAAUAAAAGUUGAAAAUGGCUGCUUUAUAAUCUGCUGGCAGGAUCAACCACUUUUCUCAGCUUCAGCAUGGAGGUUUAGAAAUUAG